GCGGGUCAGCUGAGCGCCCGCCCGGCACAGCCCGCGCGAGGCGGCGGCAGCGCCAUGCUCCCGCUGCGGGCCCUGCUGCCGGCGGCGGCCCUGCUGCUGGCGGCCAGCGGCCUCCCCAGCGGCCUCCCCAGCUUCGUCGUGCUGCUGGCAGACGACCUGGGCUUUGGGGAUCUGGGGAGCUACGGGCACCCUUCUUCUGCCACGCCCAACCUGGACCGGAUGGCUUCUGGGGGGCUGCGGUUCACCAGCUUCUACAGCAGCGCCCCGGUGUGCAGCCCGUCCCGGGCAGCCCUGCUGACGGGCCGGUUCCAGAUGCGCUCAGGGGUUUACCCUGGCGUGUUUGACCCAGACUCCCGGGGAGGCCUGCCGCUGUCUGAGGUCACUGUUGCAGAGGUGCUGAAGGCCAAGGGCUAUGCUACAGCCAUAGUUGGCAAGUGGCACCUUGGUGUGGGCAUUAAUGGCUCCUUCCUGCCCAUCCACCAGGGAUUUGACCACUUCUUGGGAGUGCCGUACUCCCAUGACCAGGGCCCCUGUCAGAAUCUCACCUGCUUCCCACCUGAUACCAAGUGUUUUGGGACUUGCGACCAGAACUUUGUGCCAGUCCCACUGCUCUGGAACCAAAGCAUUGUGCAACAGCCAGUCUCCUUCCCUGAUCUGGUGCCACUCUACAACAAAUUUUCCCGGGACUUCAUUGCUGACUGUGCACGAAGAGGCCUGCCCUUCCUGCUCUACUACGCCUCCCAUCAUACACACUACCCCCAGUUUGCAAGCCAGGAGUAUGCAGGACAGUCACGCCGUGGGCCGUUUGGUGAUGCACUUUCAGAGUUCGAUGGCUCAGUGGGACAGCUGCUGCAGGCGCUGCAAGAGAAUGGUCUUUUGAACACAACCUUGGUGUUUUUUACCUCUGACAAUGGCCCUUCUACCAUGCGGAUGGCACGUGGAGGAAGCUCUGGCCUUCUGAGAUGCGGGAAGGGCACAACAUAUGAAGGUGGCAUGCGGGAACCAGCAGUAGCAUAUUGGCCAGGCCAUAUCGCUCCAGGAGUGACUCAUGAGCUGGCAAGCACCCUGGACAUCCUGCCAACGCUGGCUGCCUUGGCUGGAGCAGCUCUUCCCAGCGUUACCCUGGAUGGCUAUGACCUCAGUCCAGUGCUGUUUGGAUCAGGGAAGAGUCCCCGUCAGACCAUGUUCUUCUACCCACCAUCCCCUGAUCCGCUGCAUGGCCCCUUUGCUGUCAGGCUUGGGAAGUACAAGGCCCAUUACUUCACACAAGGUUCCUUUCACAGUGAUACCACCCCAGACCAAGCCUGCCAUGGGCUGACCCCACUGACCCAUCAUGUGCCACCACUGCUCUUUGACUUGGAGUCAGACCCUGCUGAGAACUACGAUUUGUUGCAGAGUGCUGCAGGGCCAGAGAUUUGGCAGGUCCUGAAGGACAUCAAACUGCAGAAGAUGCUUUUUGAACAGCACAUGGAGUUUGGAGAAAGUCAAAUCAGGAAGGGCAGGGAUCCUGCCCUGCAACCCUGCUGCAUACCAGACUGUACUCCCAAGCCCUCCUGCUGCCACUGCUCCUAGCCUCUUGCUGCUCCAUCCCCUUCCGUGGCUUCACAGUGGUGCCUAUCCCAAAUGCACCAGACCCUCCCCCGUAACUAAUCAAGCUUAGCCUUGGAGCUACCUUGGAAGUUUGGCUCAGUGACACUUCUGACAGAGUGCUGGCAUAGUGAGCUGCGGGGUUGGAAGGUUACCAACCCUGCUGGCUGUGCAAGUAUUUGUUGGACCUUCAAGAUGAGGUCUCUUGACAGAAACUCUUACUUGAUCAGGGAGGGACCAGGAUGUAGCAUCAUCACCGGAGCCAGCACAGUUCCUUUUAGACCAUGUUUAAGACGCAGCAAAGGGCAUGCCCCAGUGCAGAUCUCAACUCAGUUGGAAGUAUGCUGAACAGUCGAGAGCUGCAGCAUCAUCACUUUCCAAGGGCUAAAAGCACAGCAAGAGAACGAUGAGCUAGAUGGUCCUGGCAGUUUACGGGGCAGGGUUCUGUACAGAUACUGCAGAAGGUAUAUGUCUAGGUGGGAAGUCUCCUAGGGAGUUACUGAAAUGUGGGGGACAGUGCAGUCAUAGGUCACAGCGAACAUGGGUUCAUGAGAGGUAGGUUCUGUUUAACAAAUUUGAUUUCCUUUUAUGAUAAGAUCACCUAUCUAGUUGAUCAAGGGAAGCCAGUUGAUGUAAUCUUUUUGGAUUUCAGUGAAGCUUUCAGUACAGUUUCUCUUAGGAUCCUACUGGACAAAAUGUCCAGCAUAUACUGCUAGAUAAAAACAUCAUACGAUGGGUGAACAAUUGGCUGAUGGAUAGGGCUCAAAGGAUUAUGAUAAAUGGGGUUCCAUCAGGCUGGUGGCCAGUCACCAAUGGGGUCCCUCAAGGCUCCAUUUUAGGGCAAGUUCUUUUCAUUGUUUUCAUAAACAACUUGGAUGUAGGAUUAGAAGGGUGUUUUGAGUAAAUUUGCUGAUGAUACUAAA